UGGCAGAUUUUCCAUUCAUUCAAUCCGUGAUCUUGGUUCGAGCUAGUUGAUUCGUUGUAACGUUCCUCCGUGUGCUUCGUUCGUUCCCUUUGGUACGGCCUCGUUCAAAGCAGGCCUUCCGCGAGAUCUGUUCCGGUGCCCCGACGAGCUAGCAUUUGCUGCAGCAGUGUUCCGUGUGGAAUAUUUUACUGAUUGGAAUUUUGGAACCCGCUCUUUGUGCUGUAUAUUGCGGUAUUACUGUUCACCACCACCAACCACCUUCCUUCCACACUUCCUACGGCCAAAGGAUAGAGCGCACACCCAUCCCGGGAGCAACCAUCGGGACGCACAAUGGACGCACAAACCGAACCGGAAGUGCCACCGGCACCAGUCAGCGAAGAACCAUUCCUCGGCCCGCUCGAUAUCGUGCUGCUGCUGGCACUGGUUGGCGGCGCAGCUUGGUAUCUGCUUAAAAACCGCAAAAAGGACACCACGACUAGUCAGUUCAAGUCCUACUCGAUACAGCCCACCACAGUCAACACGAUGACCAUGGCGGAGAAUUCGUUCAUCAAGAAGCUGAAAUCGUCCGGCCGUCGGUUGGUGGUGUUCUACGGGUCGCAAACCGGUACGGCGGAAGAGUUUGCCGGACGUUUGGCGAAGGAGGGUCUUCGCUACCAGAUGAAGGGUAUGGUGGCGGACCCCGAGGAGUGCGAUAUGGAAGAACUGCUUUCACUCAAGGAUAUAGACAAAUCACUAGCUGUAUUCUGCAUGGCUACGUACGGCGAAGGUGAUCCAACUGAUAAUUGCAUGGAAUUCUUCGAGUGGAUCCAGAAUAACGACGUCGACAUGGCUGGACUGAAUUACGCAGUAUUUGGAUUGGGAAACAAAACUUAUGAACAUUACAACAAGGUCGGCAUCUACGUUGACAAACGCCUGGAGGAACUGGGUGCUACCAGGGUCUUCGAACUGGGACUUGGAGAUGACGAUGCUAACAUUGAGGAUGAUUUCAUCACGUGGAAGGACAAAUUUUGGCCGGCCGUAUGCGACUACUUCGGCAUCGAGAGCACGGGCGAGGAUGUGCUGAUGCGUCAGUAUCGGCUGCUGGAGCAGCCGGAAACUCCCCCGGAGCGGCUGUACACCGGUGAGAUUGCUCGGUUGCACUCGCUGCAAACGCAGCGACCGCCGUUCGAUGCGAAGAACCCAUUCCUGGCGCCGAUCAAAAUCAACCGCGAGCUGCACAAGGCCGGCGAUCGGUCCUGCAUGCACAUCGAGUUCGAUAUCGAGGGUUCGAAGAUGCGCUACGAGGCGGGUGACCAUUUGGCUAUGUAUCCGGUGAAUGAUUCCGAUUUGGUGCAGAGGUUGGGUAAGUUGUGCAAUGCCGAUCUGGACGUUGUGUUUUCGCUGAUCAACACCGAUACGGACAGUAGCAAAAAGCAUCCGUUCCCCUGUCCGACGAACUAUCGUACGGCUUUGACGCAUUAUUUGGAAAUUACGGCUCUGCCGAGAACGCACAUCCUCAAGGAAUUGGCCGAGUAUUGUAGUGACGAGAAGGAUAAGGAAUUUUUGCGGUCUAUGUGCUCCACCGCUCCGGAGGCUAAGUCCAAGUAUCAGGAGUGGGUUCAGGAUAGCUGUCGAAACAUCGUGCACGUGCUGGAGGACCUUCCGUCGUGUCAUCCACCGAUCGAUCACGUUUGCGAGUUGCUGCCGCGGCUGCAGCCGCGUUACUAUUCGAUUUCUUCGUCGUCGAAGCUCUAUCCGACGACGGUGCACGUUACGGCCGUUCUGGUGAAGUACGCCACCAAGACGGGCCGCGUUAACAAGGGAGUUGCAACGACAUUCCUCGCGCAGAAGCAUCCGAUCAAUGGGGAACCGCUGCCGCGGGUACCGAUCUUCAUCCGUAAGAGUCAGUUCCGGUUACCGGCUAAAACGGAGACGCCUGUCAUUAUGGUUGGUCCCGGUACGGGGUUGGCACCGUUCAGAGGUUUCAUUCAGGAGCGGGACUUCCACAAGCAGGAAGGAAAGGAGGUCGGCCAAACCGUGCUGUACUUUGGCUGCCGGAAGCGGGCGGAGGAUUACAUCUACGAAGAGGAGCUGGAGGACUACGUCAAGCGGGGGGUCAUCAAGCUGCGGUCGGCAUUUUCCCGCGAUCAAGCCCACAAGGUGUACGUCACACAUCUGCUGGAGGAAGAUAUGGACCUGUUGUGGACGGUGAUAGGGGAAAAGAAGGGACAUUUCUACAUCUGCGGUGAUGCUAAGAAUAUGGCAACCGACGUGCGAAACAUUCUGCUCAAAGUGCUACAAUCGAAGGGCAACAUGAGCGAGAGUGAAUCGAUUCAGUACAUCAAAAAGAUGGAAGCCCAAAAGCGAUAUUCGGCCGACGUGUGGAGCUAAUUCUGAGGCUGUGUGUGAGUGUGCUACGGCAAAACGUAAGUGUCCUUUCAUUCUCCCAUCCUUCUGCGUCAGCGUUUGCUCAUGUGUGUGUGUUUGUUCGCCGAGGAACCAGAUUCCGGGUGGUUGGACCGAUCGCAAAGCUCUGCCCCUUCGGGGCAGUUUGAUAGUUUAAUCCGUUAGAAAGUGACUGACUGCAGCAGUUUGGUGCGGUUGCAAUUACGUGCAGAAAAAGUGGUAUUUUUCUACUUGUUAAAAAUAGGACUUAGUUUAACUACUAGUUUUUUUUCUUCUAUUUCUUUUUUCCUUUAUUGUGGGGUUCCUUUUUCUCCUUUUAAUCAUACCAACAAACACACUGCUUCCUUACGGGAAGUGCCCGUACCACGCUUUGCACGGAUAAAACACUCAUUUUUUACAUUCAGAAAGAUAGAUGCUAAACGCUAAAGUUGAAGAAGUUGAAAAGCUAGAGAUCAAAGGUGUUCCCUUGUGCAGCAAGUGACGGAGAACGCCAGUUCAUAGAUUAUUAUAUUUUAAAUUGUUAAGUAAAUGAAAAUUGAGAACUAAGAAAACAGUAAAGUUCGAUACCGGUGAACUAAGAAGUGAGACGCAGUGAAGUCUGUGGCACAAUCAACGUUGUUAGGUUACGUUUAGGAUGAAGAAUGCAAUACAUUUUUGGAGAUAUAUUUGAUG